AUGGGGCUUAUAAGGCUGAAGUGCAUUGAUAGGAUGUCGAUAUCGGUUCUAGUCACCAUAGGAAUCGACAGGACAAUUAGAGAACUGAAAGAGGAGAUAUGCAGGCAUAUAGGAAAAGAUGUCGAGCAGAUCGUCCUCAAAAGGGGAAAGAGAGAGCUAGCUGAUUGCAUUGAGAUUGAUGCCUAUGAACUCAAGAACGGGGAGUGCAUAGAGAUUGAGUAUAGGUAG